AUGCCUGAGGAUCUCCAGUCCUCGCAGCGCAGCCGGCGGCCCCCGGAAUCCCAGGUCCCCAGGGGCCCGGACACCCAGGCCGGAUCCGCCCCCAGCCUUCCUCAGCCCAAUGGGGGACCCAACUUGGUGACAACAGUAUGGCGUCACUUCCGCCUAUGCGGACCGCGCGCAGGAAGUCUGGGUCUCGCGAACGCGCCGGAGGCGUCCCCGGUGUCGGGAGCGCGCCUCGUAGAUGACAACAAAUUUGUCGCUCGGCGGCGUUGGAGUCUGCCACAGUCCCUGUCGCCUCCCCUCGCGGUGUCUUGCAGCCUCUCUGGGCCGACUAGCCACCGGAAUCUCCCUGGCAGAGGCAACGGCUGCUCCUCAGCGCCUGGUCCGCCCCCGGGCCUAGCGCGGUACCUCCUGCAGAGAUACCUGGGCCACUUCCUGCAGGAGAAGCUGAGCCUGGAGCAGCUCAGCCUGGACCUGUAUCAGGGCACCGGCUCCCUCGCCCAGGUCCCCCUGGACAAAUGGUGUCUCAAUGAAAUCCUGGAGUCUGCAGAUGCACCUUUAGAAGUCACCGAAGGCUUCAUUCAGUCAAUUUCUCUGUCAGUUCCAUGGGGCUCCUUGCUACAGGAUAAUUGUGCACUGGAAGUGAAAGGGUUAGAAAUGGUCUUUCGACCUAGACCUCGCCUAGCAACUGGUUCUGAACCUAUGUAUUGGUCAAGUUUCAUGACCAGCAGUAUGCAACUGGCAAAAGAAUGUCUUAGCCAGAAACUAACAGAUGAACAAGGAGAAGGAUCCCAGCCUUUUGAAGGACUGGAAAAGUUUGCUGAAACCAUUGAAACAGUACUAAGAAGAGUAAAAGUCACUUUUAUAGACACAGUUUUGAGACUCGAACAUGUGCCAGAGAACUCCAAAACUGGAACUGCACUUGAAAUUCGAAUAGAAAGAACUGUAUACUGUGAUGAAACCGCUGAUGAAUCCUCAGGAAUCAAUGUACACCAACCCAUGGCUUUUGCUCACAAAUUACUUCAGCUCUCUGGAGUGUCUCUCUUCUGGGAUGAGUUUUCUGCGUCAGCGAAAUCUUCCCCAGUGUGUUCAACUGCACCAGCGGAAACUGAGCCAAAGCUGUCACCUAGCUGGAACCCCAAGAUUGUUUAUGAGCCACACCCACAACUAACUAGAAAUUUACCUGAGAUAGCACCCCCGGACCCAGUGCAGAUUGGAGGGCUAUUUGGUAGGAUGGAAUUGAGUCUCACUUUGAAACAGAAUGAAGCGCUUCCUGGAGCUAAGUUGGAUGUUGAUGGACAGAUAGACUCUGUUCAUCUAUUCCUGUCACCAAGGCAGGUUCACUUGCUUUUGGAUAUGUUAGCAGCUAUUGCUGGACCAGAAGAAGAAGUUUUCUUCUCCAUGGCGGAUAUGGAUAUGUCCCAUAGUCUCUCUUCUCUUCCACCCCUUGGGGAUCCCCCAAAUAUGGACCUGGAGCUAUCAUUAACUAGCACAUACACAAAUACUCCAGCAGGAUCCCCAUUAAGUGCUACUGUGCUUCAGCCAACUUGGGGAGAGUUCCUUGAUCCUCGUAAAGAACAGCCAGGGAGAGGGUCAACAUUUCCCCCCAGCCUAGUUCACCCAACGUCUUUGCAGAAGGCAGCUCUCCCAUCUAGAUCCGUUUCAAUGGAUGAAUCCAGGCCUGAGCUUAUUUUUAGACUAGCUAUUGGAACUUUUUCAGUCUCUGUGCUUCAUAUUGAUCCUUUAUCUCCACCUGAGACGUCACUGAACCUCAAUCCAUUGACACCUAUGGCUGUAGCUUUCUUUACUUGUAUAGAAAAGAUCGAUCCAGCAAGAUUUUCAGCAGAAGAUUUUACGUCUUUCCGAGCAGCAUUUGCAGAAGCUUGCUCACAUGAUCAUCUUAGAUUUCUAGGUACUGGCAUCAAAGUAGCCUAUGAACAAAGACAAAGACCCACUUCUAGGUACUUCAGUACGGAUGUGUCCAUUGGCCAGAUGGAGCUCUUAGAGUGUCUGUUUCCGACUGAUUUUCAUUCUCUUCCUCCCCACUAUACAGAGCUGUUAACGUUCCAUUCUAAAGAAGGAGCUGAUGCCCACCCCCCUGUAUGUCUUCAGCUUCAUUAUAAGCAUUUGGAGAACAAAGGAACCCAAGGUAAUCAAGCAAGACUUACUUCAGUUCCUCAGAAGGCAGAAUUACAAAUUAAAUUAAACCCACUGUGUUGUGAGCUGGAUAUCAGUAUUGUGGACAGGUUAAAUUCCUUGCUUCAACCACAGAAACUUACGACUGUAGAGACGAUGGCCUCUCACAUGUAUACUUCAUAUAAUAAGCAUAUUAGUCUGCACAAGGCUUUCACUGAAGUAUUUCUCGAUGAUUCACAUAAUCCUGCAAAUUGUCGGGUAUCAGUCCAAGUUGCCACUCCAGCAUUAAAUCUUUCUGUUCGCUUCCCAAUACCUGAUCUGCGGUCAGAUCAAGAAAGAGGACCCUGGUUUAAGAAGUCACUUCAGAAGGAGAUCCUUCAUUUAGCAUUCUCAGAUCUGGAAUUUAAGACAGAAUUUAUAGGAGGAUCAACCCCAGAACAAGUUACAUUGGAACUUACAUUUAGAGAACUAGCUGGAUCAUUCCAGGAGGACAAAGGAGAACCAUCUCUUAAGUUUUUCCAUGUGUCUGGUGGAGUAGAUGGAGACUUAGCCUCAUCAGAUGACUUUGACUGGCCACGAAUGGUACUGAAAAUAAAUCCACUGGCCAUGCAUUCCAUUUUGGAGAGAAUAGCAGCAGAGGAGGAGGAAGAGAACGACAGUCACUACCCGGAAGAGGAGGAAGGAGGCGCUCAUUCCCUGAAAGAUGUCUGCGACCUACGGAGACCAGCCCCUUCUCCUUUUUCUUCUCGUAGAGUAAUGUUUGAAAAUGAGCAGAUGGUGAUGCCAGGAGACCCUGUAGAAAUGACAGAGUUUCAAGAUAAAGCAAUGAGCAAUUCUCACUAUGUGCUGGAACUUACGUUACCAAAUAUUCAUAUAACACUACCUAAUAAAAGCUUUUAUGAGAAGCUUUACAACAGGAUCUUUAAUGACUUGCUGCUGUGGGAGCCCACAGCUCCCUCCCCAGUAGAGACAUUUGAAAAUCUUUCCUAUGGGAUCGGGCUUUCCGUGGCCAGUCAACUGAUUAACACCUUCAACAAAGAUAGUUUUAGCCCACUUAAAUCUACAGUUCACUACGAUGAAGAAAGUGGAUCUGAAGAAGAGACUUUGCAGUAUUUUUCUACUGUUGACCCCAAUUAUCGUUCCCGUAGGAAAAAAAAAUUAGACCCUCAAAACAAGAAUUCCCAGAGUUUUCUCUCUGUUCUUCUGAAUAUUAAUCAUGGAUUAAUGGCAGUAUUCACGGAUGUAAAGCAAGAUAAUGGACAGCUGUUGGAAAACAAGCAUGGUGAAUUCUGGUUAGAGUUCAAUAGUGGUUCAUUGUUUUGUGUGACAAAAUAUGAAGGUUUUGAAGACAAGCACUACAUUUGCCUUCAUUCUAGCAGUUUCAGUCUGUACCACAAAGGCAUAGUUGAUGGAGUGAUUCUUCCCACGGAAAUGCGCCUGCCCUGCUCAACGCGCCCGCAUUGGUUGGAACCUACUAUUUAUGUGUCUGAAGAAGAUGGACUCAGUAGAGCUGCCUCAGAUGCUGUGGGAGGAGACAAUCUGAACAUGCUCUCGGUAGCAGUCAAAAUACUGUCUGCUAAGUCAGAGUCCAAUACAAAGGAAUUUCUUAUUGCUGUUGGACUGAAAGGAGCCACUCUUCAGCACAGAAUGCUUCCUUCUGGGCUUAGCUGGCAUGAACAGAUCUUAUAUUUUUUGAACAUUGCUGAUGAACCUGUUUUGGGAUAUAAUCCUCCAACUUCAUUUACAACUUUUCAUGUUCAUCUUUGGAGCUGUGCCCUUGAUUACCGGCCCCUUUAUUUGCCAAUCCGAGCUCUUCUUACAGUUGAAACGUUCAGCAUUUCUAGUAGUGUUGCCCUGGAUAAAUCUUCCUCUACUCUCAGAAUAAUCAUGGAUGAGGCUGCUUUACAUCUCUCUGACAAAUGUAAUAAUGUCACUAUAAAUUUGAAUAGAGAUUAUAUUCGUGUGAUGGAUAUGGGACUUUUAGAAUUAACCAUAACUGCGGUGAAAUCAGAUUCAGAUGGAGAGCAAACCGAGCCCCGCUUUGAGCUGCACUGUUCCAGCGAUAGCGUCCACGUCCGAACGUGUUCUGACUCUUGUGCUGCACUGAUGAACCUCAUUCAGUACAUUGCGAGCUAUGGCGACCUAUACCCGCCUCACAAGGUGGCCCCGAAGCCUGGCACCCCUCAGAGGAAGUCGAAGGUAAAGUCCAGUGGUCAGUUAUCCUCAUGUGGACCGGUGCUUCCUGAAGCAGAUCAGCAGAUUUUACGAGAUCUGAUGAGUGAUGCUAUGGAGGAAAUCGAUACACAGCAAGCCACUUUGUCUAUAAAACCGCAGGCUAAUGGCGUUUUGGAUGAAAAGUCUCAAAUUCAGGAGCCCUGUUGUUCAGACCUCUUCCUGUUCCCAGAUGAGAGUGGAAAUGUGUCCCAGGAGCCUGGCCCCGCUUAUACCUCGUUCACCCACCACCUGAUUGGUGAUACUAUGUCAGGUGUGCCUGCUGAAAAUGAUGACUUUUGCAUCCUUUUUGCACCAAAAGCAGCUGUCCAGGAGAAGGAAGAAGAACCAGUUGUAAGAAUCAUGGUUGAUGAUGCCAUUGUGAUAAGAGAUAAUUAUUUUAGCCUGCCUGUUAAGAAGACAGACACGAGCAAAGCCCCACUACACUUUCCCAUUCCUGUGAUUCGGUAUGUGGUUAAGGAAGUCUCUAUUGUAUGGCAUCUAUAUGGAGGCAAAGAUUUUGGAACAGUUCCCCCUACUUCUCCUGCAAAAAGUUAUAUCAGUCCCCAUAGUUCACCUUCUCACACACCCACAAGACAUGGACGAAAUACAGUAUGUGGAGGGAAAGGAAGGAACCAUGACUUUUUAAUGGAAAUACAGUUAAGCAAGGUGAAAUUUCAGCACGAAGUAUAUCCCCUGUGCAAGCCACAGUGUGACUCAGGCCUCUUAGAGCACCCGGUUUCCCGUCAGGUGUUCAUUGUGCAGGACCUGGAGAUCCGAGAUCGCCUGGCAACGUCACAGAUGAACAAGUUUUUGUACCUGUAUUGCAGCAAAGAAAUGCCUCGGAAAGCUCAUUCCAACAUGCUGACAAUUAAAGCAUUACAUGUGCGUCCAGAGUCUGGCAGGUCACCACAGGAAUGUUGCUUGAGAGUGUCAUUAAUGCCUCUUCGCCUCAAUAUUGACCAGGAUGCCUUGUUUUUCCUGAAGCAUUUCUUCACAAGUCUUUCUACAGAAGUAGAGCUGCUCCUGACUCCUGAUCCGGAAGUUAAAAAGUCCCCUGGAGCCGAUGUCACCUGCACUUUGCCAAGGCAUUUGAGUGCCUCAAAGGAGCCAAAUCUAGUUCUUUCUUUCCCUGGGCCAAAACAACCUUCCUCAAGUGAUGGUGCCAAUUCAGUAGAGGCGGCUAAUGGAGUAGAAGAAAAGGAGUUCUCAGCUGAAGAAGCAUCCUUUAGUGACCAGCCUGUGUUUUUUAGAGAAUUCAGAUUCACUUCAGAAGUUCCUAUUCGACUUGAUUAUCAUGGCAAACACGUAUCAAUGGAUCAGGGUACCUUAGCUGGGAUUUUGAUUGGCCUUGCCCAGUUAAACUGCUCUGAGCUAAAGCUGAAGCGGCUCUUCUAUCGGCAUGGUUUGCUAGGUGUUGACAAGUUAUUCUCAUAUGCGAUCACUGAGUGGCUCACUGACAUUAAGAAGAACCAGCUCCCAGGAAUCCUGGGAGGGGUUGGACCUAUGCAUUCACUAGUACAAUUAGUGCAAGGCUUGAAGGACUUGGUAUGGCUGCCAAUAGAGCAGUACCGGAAGGACGGCCGCAUCGUCAGAGGGUUCCAGAGAGGCGCGGCUUCCUUUGGCACCUCCACAGCCAUGGCUGCUCUAGAGCUCACCAACAGAGUGGUUCAGACCAUACAGGCGGCAGCAGAGACUGCUUAUGACAUGGUGUCUCCUGGUAACUUGGCUAUCGAGCCCAAGAAGGCCAAAAGGCUUUCUCAUCACCGCUUAGCUCACCAGCCAGUGGACCUGAGGGAAGGCAUGGCCAAGGCCUACAGCGUAGUGAAGGAGGGCAUCACAGACACGGCACAGACCAUUUAUGAAACGGCGGCUCGAGAACACGAGAGCAGAGGGGUCACUGGGGCCGUGGGUGAGGUCCUGCGUCAGAUCCCCCCGGCGGUGGUAAAACCUCUGAUUGUUGCCACAGAAGCAACAUCAAACGUGUUAGGUGGCAUGAGAAACCAAAUCAGACCGGACGUCCGGCAAGACGAGUCACAGAAAUGGCGCCAUGGGGAAGACUGAUGUCCCAGCAACUCUGGAGAGAACCAAGGUGGACAUCAGGCACAUCGUGUCCCAUGGCAAUGUUAGCAGGAACUCAUUUAAUUUUCUUGUGCUCAUCUCAGGAACAAAAGCAUUUUUAGUUAAGUAAUUUAGUGUCAAAACACACAACCAAAAACUUCUGCCAUCUUAGGGCUAGUUUGGUGUUUGCCUGUAGAAGUGUUUGGUGGCUGGUGUCAAAGGCCAUUAAAGCAUUUGCUGCCAAAUUAGUGGAAUGCUUACUUUUAUUAAAAUGACCGUAAUUCUCCUUGUUACAGACAAGGUAUCAUCGGAAACCUCCUUUCAUAAUACAGAGCGCUCUACAACAUUGGAGCACUCUCAAAGCACUAAGCGUGUAGCUCUUGGGAGUUGAUUUUUUUCACCUGGUGUAAAAAGAAUCACAGCUUCAAAACUUUCACUGAGAGUGAGAGAAGUGACAGGGGAAGCAAAAACAGAUAGGAUUUUCAAGAUAACAUCAGCAUAAAAACAGGCUUCCCAGGGGAGUGCGUGUCCGUGCCCUGGAGAACAGUGUGCUUUCCAUUGACACGGAGGGGCUGGAGAAAGUGAAUGUUGCAGAGAUGUUCUGUUGUGUUGCACUUUAUUCUGUGUGUGUGUGUGUGUGUGUGUGUGUACACGCACACGUGUGUGUGUGUUUAGAUUAAUACAAGUCAUGUGCUGUAUCCCUUAUGUCAUUUACAAAGUUAAACAAAACAUGAGGAGGAGUAAACGUGUCUGAAAGUUUUGGCAAAGGAAAGUAACCCAAAUGUACUAGCCUCCUUUAUUUUAAUUGUAAGUGAAAAUAUGCGUUCUAUGAUGACCUGGGGCCCAUGUACCUGUUUACAUGUUCCAUUUUAAGCAGGUAUAGUACAAGCUGGUUAGGCAUGUGUGAAAAGGGAGAGUGGAAAUAGUUUUUACUCUUUGAACGUUAAAUAAAAAUCCUCAGAAAUAUAUUCUAGUCAACUAAUUCAAAGUACCUUUUUACUUGGUUAACAAUGUACAUUUUGAUAACUUGUCAGGAAUGAAUAAAGAAUUUUUAUUUAAAGGUAAAAUUGUUCUAUGCUUCCAUGAAUAUUUUGCUUUGCUUAGAGCAUAUUCAUAGAUGCAGUACCCCAAAAUAUUGGAGAAGACUUUCUCCAAAUUAACUGUGGUUAAUGUCAAGUAAAUCUUUACUGUGGAGCUGGUGGGAAGCACUCCUCAGUCUGUGACUGCGCAGGAAGAAACGGUGGGACCUGGAGUGAUGCAGCUUCUCAUUUUCUAAAGAGUAUGGGGCUGAUUUUGCAGUAUGCAUGGGAUUUCAGAACUGCAUUCAGUUUGGGGGUUGGAAAAUGAAGUUAAAUCAAUUUCAUUCUCUCAGUUUUAUAAAUAGGAAAGCAAUGUGAACCAAAAGAUCCAAACAUUUAGCAUUUGUAAAAGAAAAGUGUUAGGUAGCAUUUAGAUUUACUUUGGCUUUUUUACUGCUGAAAAAUGUAAGAAGACGGUAAAAUAUAAGAAGCACCUGUGUAGAGGCCAUGGCACUAUCUGUUACUACUUUAUUCUUGAGAUGAAGUCCAUAAAGGGCCAGACGCCAACAAGCAGUAAUCCCUUGUGUGACCAUGACACUUGGGCCUGCUUUGGAGCCACAUUCUGGCCCCCGAACACUUUACUUCAGCAUUCUCUGUUUGCCCUUAUCAUGAAAUCUUGGGUCAUAUGUUGAUUCAUCAAAGUGAAAAACACUUGAUCAAAUUUAAAAAUUUAUAACUUUAAUCCAUAGUUAUACAAAGUUCAAUUAGAUUUAGUUUAACUCCGCUGAGUUGCAAAUGGACUUUUCUUUUGUCAAGUUAAGCUUAUAAAGCCUGUGUCUUUCUCAUACAAACUCUGUGCCUCUUUGUUCUGCUCUCCUGUACCUGCUGUUGAUAAAAUUGAUGGGGACAGAACACUGUGACCACAGAUUCAGUCUCAGAGGUUGUUCAUUGUCAGCUUAGCCAAGAUGCUCUUUGCUUGCAAUGUCUGUAGCAGGCCUGUUUAUAUGUAAACACUUUACAAGUUAGGUAUGUUUAAUUUUUUUCUCUUUGAAGAAGUGACUUUCCAGACUUCUGUGUUUUGAUGGCACAGAGUGUUUGGCAGGAUUGUUGCCAGAUCGGGCAAGCAGGUGUCACUUUUAAAUGCUCUGGCAAUAUUUCUGGCCUCUCGGGAGGUGCUUUUUAAUCAUCACCUUUCCAAACUGUUCUGUGGGUUUGGUGCCUUUGUUCAAAUUCAAAACAAACAGCUGUGUGUGGCUGUGAAGCAGCUGCCUGUCCUGAGGGAGGUGCUGCUCCCCUCAGACAUCUAGAGACUGAGGCAGUGCUGGAUGUUAAGUGAGGAAUCCCUUCUUAUGCUAAGUGGCUUCAAGAUUUCUGUUGUCUCAAUAUUCAUUUAAUUAUAUAUAUAU